AUGCCUGAAGCACUGAUACCCGUUCAACUUUUAUGGGUAAAUCUUGUAACUGAUGGUCUUCCGGCGACUGCACUUGGGUUCAAUCCUCCAGAUCAUGAUAUAAUGAGAAGGCCCCCAAGAAAUAGCAGGGAACCGAUUGUUGGAAAAUGGUUAUUUUUCCGAUAUAUGAUUGUUGGUAUUUAUGUUGGUGCAGCUACUGUAUUUGCUUAUGCGUGGUGGUUCCUAUUUUACACCGAAGGACCUCAAAUUUCAUUUUAUCAAUUGUCCAACUUCCAUCGAUGUAGCUCAUUGUUUCCUGAAAUAGGAUGUGAAAUGUUUACAAACAUUAUGGCAAAUCGUGCUACAACUAUGUCACUAUCGGUUUUGGUCACCAUAGAAAUGCUUAAUGCCACAAAUUCCCUUAGUGAAAAUGAAAGUUUAUUAACGUUGCCUAUAUGGAGUAAUAUUUAUCUCGUGUUAUCAAUAAUUCUUUCGAUGGCUUUGCAUUUCGCAAUUUUAUAUAUUCCAUUUUUCACGCAUCUUUUUGCUAUAGUUCCUCUUAACUUGGCUGAAUGGAAAGCAGUUUUAUGGAUAUCCUUACCCGUAAUCUUUAUUGAUGAAGCAAUGAAAUUUAUUAGUCGAACGUUUAUUGAUGAUAUAUCACGACCCAACCCAUAUCUUCCACGUUUUUCGGACUUAUUAAGUCGCGUUAGUAAUUUUUCAAUUAUAGAAUCCACUUUACGAGAGGGAGAACAAUUCGCCAAUGCAUUUUUUGAUACUGCCAAAAAGAUUGAAAUUGCUAGAGCACUAGAUGAUUUUGGGGUUGAAUAUAUUGAACUUACUUCACCAGCUGCUUCGGAACAGUCUCGACAAGAUUGUAUCGAAAUUUGUAAGCUAGGAUUGAAGGCAAAAAUUUUGACUCAUAUAAGAUGCCAUAUGGAUGAUGCGAAAAUUGCUGUCGAGACUGGUGUUGACGGUGUUGAUAUUGUAAUAGGAACUUCUUCGUACCUCCGUGAAUUCUCUCAUGGUAAAGACAUGGAUUAUAUUGCCAAUGCAGCUACCAAAGUUAUAAAUUUUGUCAAAUCCAAGGGAAUCGAAGUACGAUUUUCUUCUGAAGAUUCUUUCCGAAGUGAUCUGGUUGAUUUGUUAGCUCUUUAUCGAACAGUGGACAAAUUGGGAGUAGAUCGUGUAGGUAUUGCUGAUACUGUUGGAUGUGCUAAUCCACGACAAGUUUAUGAAUUAGUUCGAACAUUGCGUGGUGUUGUAUCUUGUGAUAUCGAGUGUCAUUUUCAUAAUGAUACAGGAUGUGCUAUUGCAAAUGCUUAUUCUGCUCUCGAGGCAGGAGCAACCCAUAUAGAUACUUCUGUAUUAGGUAUUGGUGAACGUAAUGGUAUAACUCCACUUGGUGGUUUUAUUGCUCGAAUGUAUACUGCCAAUAGAGAUUAUAAUAAAUCUAAGUAUAAGCUUCACAUGCUUCGUGACCUCGAGAACUUGGUUGCUGAUUCUGUCAGUGUUCAAGUUCCUUUUAAUAAUUAUAUUACCGGUUAUUGUGCAUUCACACAUAAAGCUGGUAUUCACGCUAAAGCUAUUUUAAAUAAUCCAAGUACAUAUGAAAUUUUGAAACCAGAAGAUUUUGGAAUGACCCGAUAUGUAUCAAUUGGUCAUCGUUUAACAGGAUGGAAUGCUGUUAAAAAUCGGGUAGAACAAUUAGGUCUUUGUCUAAAUGAUGAACAAGUUAAGAAGGUUACCGCAAAGAUCAAGGAAUUAGCUGACAUUCGACCACAGAGUAUGGAGGAUGUUGAUAAUUUAUUGAGAGAAUAUCAUUACGCUGUUGAGUCCGGAAAUGUAAUGAAAUUUGAAAAUGGUUUAACUGCUACUAAUGGUUCUUAA